CAGCGCGACGCAGCCGAAAUAAACGCAUUUAUCUCACUCGAAUGGACGUUUAGCACAUUCCUCGCGAAAUAUAUCCACCGUUGUUCCACUUUUCCCCCGAGGGCCGUGUUUCCACACGUGAAAAUAACUCGCGAAUUAGUCAUCGUUUCCAUAAAGCUCGCAGAAAGCUCAUCGUGUCGCGACGCAGACGCAUCAAUUUUCCCCGGGGCCGCGAUUACGCGUUCAGCCACCUCGUGGCACGUGGUUUCUCCCGUGAAAAUCGCAAAAUUAACACCGGUCGUUCGGAACAAUCGCGAGUCAACGUGGAAAUUCACCGCGUGAACGAGUAAAAAUUCCGCUGGAUAAACGAGCGUUGUUCGACCGAUCGACGACGACCAAGUCGAUUCACACGAAAAGACGACACACGUCCGCGGCGAGGCGUUAGCGCGCGCGGCCAAGCCGGCUCGGCGCCAAAAUCAGCUCGCCAGUCGCGCUUUCCGGUCGGUGUUUUAUAAAUACUGCAGACAGCCGAAGAGUGCAGUGAACACGGGAGUAGCUGUAAAAUCACGAAUCCCGGCGGACACGUUUACAGUUACAGCAGCCGAAAGGAGCGAAACUCGAGUUUCAACGCUUCGAAAAGGCAAAAACGAUUCGGCGAGAUUUUGGAACGCUGUGAAGUUGGGAGAUUGUCGAAUAAGUGUCUGUGAUAGCGGUGACAUUUUCGCGGAUUAAUUGUGGCCCGGGUUGGCCGAGCAAAUUCUUGGGACCAAGUGCCAAAAGUGCGAGCGAGUGCGAGUGUGUGUGCUCGGGAAUCGGAGUAUUCGGUGAAUCGUAUUAUCCGGUCUGGGAAAGUGAUAAGAAGCCUCUAACUCGGGGAAAGUGCGAUAAGAAACAGUAAAGUGAUUGCUUAGGCACCAGUUGAAUCUUUCAUGGGCUUUUUUGGGAACUUUUUUGCUACUUUCUUAGGGUGAAUAUCCAUCGACUUUGCGAAGGGAUCAAGGAUUGAUCGACGCGAGGAUCAAGACCAACACGCGACAAAGGUGAACGUUCACCGCGAGAUGAUAGAAUGUGAAGUUCGCAAUCUCCUGGUCGACCACAGCGGACAGUUAAACGCGACGUUUGGCUUGACUUCAGCUUCGUGGCAAGCGAUUGACGACCGUCCGUCAGAAUGAGCUUAAUGAAGAAAGCCAUCGGCGGGUCCAUUCACAGGAUACGAGAGUUCGAGCUCGAAAAGGUGAACCUGAUCGACGAGUUCGAUAUCCUGCAAAUCGUCGGGGAAGGAUGGUUCGGCAAAAUCUUGCUAACCGAGCAUCGGAGCACCCAGACCGAGAUGGUGCUCAAAGCGCUGCCAAAGGCGUACACCGGUAUCUCGGACUUCUUUCGCGAGUUUCACUACGGGCUGCACCUGGCCGCGCACAAGAACAUCAUCACCACCUACGACGUGGCCUUCGAGACCGCUGGCUUCUACGUUUUCAGCCAGGAGUACGCUCCACUCGGAGAUCUAACGUCCAACGUAACAGAGACCGGUUUAGGCGAGCUUCACGCAAAGAGGGUGGCCAGACAACUGGCCGCGGCGGUGCAUCACAUUCACAGCCGCGAAUUGGUGCACCGCGACAUCAAGCUCGACAACAUCCUCGUGUUCAGGAGCGAUUUCUCGCGGAUCAAGCUGUGCGACUUUGGCGAAACGAGAAGAAUAAACACGGUGGUGCGACGGCACAACGAGUGGCUGCCAUACUCGCCGCCCGAGGUAUUGCAGAUCGACACUGACGAAACGUACAAAGCUCUCACGUCGCACGACGUCUGGCAAUUCGGCAUUGUCCUAUUUGUCUGUCUGACCGGAUGCUUGCCGUGGCAGAAGGCGGCGUUGGACGACCCGCGUUACACCAGAUAUCAAAACUGGCACAACGCGACGCUCAACAUAGCCAAGAAACCGAAAUUAUUUCAGCUGAUCAGCUCACGGGCGCAGAGGAUGUUCAAACGACUAUUGGACCCCAAGGCCGAGAAGCGUCCCGUCAGCGUGUUGGAGGUAAACAAAUACCUGGAGGACAGGUGGUUAGCGAAACUCGGCACGGAGAAGGCCCUGAACGGUGGCGCCGACGAGAGGGACGAACUCUGCCCCUCCAUGUACAGCUUCCACAGCUCUCUCGAGGAGAAGAAUCAACUGCUUCACACCCUGACCACGUACGGCAUCGAGACAACGGUGAACCGUGCUAAGAAGAAGGACCGAAUCAGAGAAUGGAUCCAGGCGAGCGCCAUCGUGGAGGAGUACGAGGAGGACGAGUCGGAUCUGAACGAAGACAUUGCUCGUAUUUACGAGGACGAGGACGAGGAGCCCAGUUCGAUGAAAGGCAGACACUUUCCGGAGACGCGUCCGAUGGUGAACACCGAGUCCAAGAGACACAGCAGGAACAGCAGAACGCACACAUCCUCGGCGCGGAAGAGGCAGCCGAUCAAAAGACAGCCAACCGAAAGGAAGAUUCCAUUUGCGCCUCAAGUAGCCGUGGAACGAGAAACGAUCGCCCGUUUCGCCAGUUUCCCCAACGGCGAUCCUAACCUCGCGGCGCGUACCAACGGGACGAUCGGCGAUGCAGCAGCUUCGCUCGCGCUACCUCUGAAAACCAGCGUCGAAGAUCGGAAAUCGUUGGCCAACGGCCAAGCGAAUAACUCACCGGCGAAUAGUUCGUUAGCGAAUAGUAGUAGAGACGAGCCUCUCGCGGCGGGAUACAAACCUAAUCUAGCCGAGGGGAGUGUCGAACUGGCGAGAACCUCGCAGGAUAUCCAAGAUCGGACAGUCUCGCUGAUAGACACGAUCGGGGAUCGAGGUUUGCCAAGGAGUCCGCAGAUCCCCGCUAGAAAACAUCGUUCGCAAACCGCCCCGUUUCCGGCCACGCCGAACUCGAACGAGAACGAAGAGGAGUCUGCGAGAAGAACGCAGUCGGCCGGCGCGCUGGCUGGCUCAACGCAGCCAGACAGGUUGAACAUGGCGAUCGGUCGACCGGCGGAGAGGUCAGGUGCUGCACCGGUAGCGAACGGCCAAUCGUCGAUGGCUUGGGGCGAGAGCUCGACCCCGAGAGCCGAGCAUCGAUCCCUCGCGCAAUCAAUGUCUCGAGUAGAAAACGCACCGGUGGUAAUGCUGCCUGUGGCGGCAGCGGCGGCGGCGACAGUUCGAGUGGAGAAUCAAUCGGUGACUAGAAACGAGAAAUCUGGGCCCGUGCCUCUCGUGUCGCAAUCCGCCAAUCCUCUCACCAUGUCCGUUGCCUCUCAUUUGGUCAUGCAGAGCUUCAACGCGCUGCAGGGGAUUAACGCGGUCGCCCCCGGGGACAACAACAGCCCGGCGACGGAUUUACCGAACUCGCCGAGGAACAGUCCGUCUUCCACCUCUAGCAAGGCCCUCACGCCGAAGAACAGUCCGACUACCACUCCCGCGAGAACGUCCACGCCACCGAAAAAUAAGAUCCACAGGGAGGAGGCGAUGAUCUACAGGAAAGAUCCGUUCGAGCACUAUGGAAUCGCGCAGGGGGUGAUACUGAGAACGGAGAGCGCGCGACGGAGGGGCUCGACGGAGAGCGGCAAUAGAUCUGCCAGUAAUUGAGAAUCGAUGUUUGAUUUCGCUUUCGCGUGACACGGAGGUGGACGGUUGUAAUGUCGAACCGGUGGGGAUUGUGGAUGGCAUGCGAUGCCGUGUACAUCGUGUGUUCUGGUUUGGUAACGGUUUACGCGUCGUGUAUCUGGUUACGCAGCCGGAGUUUGGUGGAGGAGGGAAAGUUGUUCCCAGUUGUGUUACUCGAUCGAGAAAACCGGUGAUUGAAUAUCUUUUUUUAAAUGAAUUUGAGGUACAUUGGCGAGAGAAGGAAAUAUUCUUUUUGGAGAUGGCUGUUGAAGAAAGACGUAGAUUAGAUCUUGUUCUAACUCUCGAAGUAAACCUGUUUUAUCAUAUUCCAAGAUGUAAUACGUGUAUUUUAUAUAACGCUGAGGAUGAGCACGAAAAUAUUCAACGACAUAGAAUAAUUACAAUUACACGAGUACAACUUGGUGCCUUAUUUUUCUGAGAACAUUUCCACUAAACGAUUUGACGUAAAUGCGACAAUUAUGAGGAACGAUAUUAAGAUGGUGCAGAGAAAACGACCGAGACCGAAUAAAUAAGAGAAAAAAAAAAAAAAAAAACGACCGAAAAAUACGAAGAAACUGGACAGAAAUCGCUUAACGCAUCGAUUCGUCGUCUAUUCGAUCGUCGUACCCAUCCAACUUUAUAUUAAACGAUACAACCACAUAAUACUGCAUCGUUUAGACUUGGACUGUCCCGUUUGUUGGACACGAGCCAUGACCGAUGCCCAUUACAGCGAUUCUUUUGUUCCCUCAUGCUGAUUCUUACGUUGCAUAGCCAACAUAGAUAAAACGAGCCUCGCACAGUCUCGAUAAUUUAUGGAUUAUUGUUUCCUUUAUCGUUUUCUUUCUACUGCAACGAGACACACCGAUGAAUCGUCCAAGAGGACAUAAAGGCACAAUUUUCGUGUCUAUGAUCGUCGAUCAGCCAGGGACAGCAGAGGUGGACAAAUUUUGGCACGUUGCUUCCAGAAAA